GUUGGGCUGGUUGUUUGCCGGUGACGGGGAGAGCGGCUGCGGGGCGAAGAGAGGAGACACCCGGGCAGCCGAGCGCACAGGCAAGGCCUCAGGCCUGGAACUUGCCGGCAGAAUGAGUCUGCAGAUUUUAAAUGGCGAAAACAUCAGCGAUGAUCUAACAGCAGAAAGCUGUUCCUUCCUUUUCCUGUCACCAGAGUCCACAGGGAGACCUUCUAUCCUUCGUCCAUCACAGAAAGAAAAUCUGCCACCAAAAAGUGUAUCAAAAGCUAUGAAGGUAACUUUUCAAACUCCUAUGCGGGAUCCUCAGACUCACAGAAUCCUAAGUCCUAGUAUGGAAAAUAAACUUGAGACUACUUUCACACUAGAUGAUUGCACUGAAGUUCUAGGAGACCUUCAUCUGUCUGAAUCCAGCAAUGCUGCAGAUCAACAAGCAACUGAAUUUGAGAUUAAGACUACUAGAGAAAAUGAACAAGUGCAGGAGGAAGCCAGUGUCACUCCUUAUCCAGAUGAUGAGAUGCCAGUGAAAAGCUGUGGUACAUACAGCAUUGAUUUUGAUAACUUAAACAACAUCAAUCCAUUCCAGAGUUCCUCUCAGAUGCAGAAUUCUCAUGAGAGCCUAAAAGAGUCUCCUAUAUUAUCUAGCAACCCUGAAAAGGUUUCUGAGAAAAAUGAUACAAAUUCGCUGUCACUGGAUGAAACACUUCCUGUUACUUCCCCACUGACUGCUGCAGUGUCCGAGAGAACAAAUCUAAAUGCAGACACCCUUACUGGUGUGACAAAAGAAACUGUUUCCAUGGAUGUAGUGGUGUCAGGUAAUGAAUCCAAACCAAUUCCUAAUGACGCUAACCAGGAUAUAAAGACCACCUCUGAAGUCAGCAAAACCAAUUCUUCCAAUGGAUCAACACAAACACAGAACUCUCCACUACCUGUACAAGGGACCUACAACCUUGAUCCUAACAGUGCUGAAGUAACACAUCCUCUCAAAACUAGUGGAUUAAAGCUACAGAAUUCCCCAGUAGCAGAAAGAACUUCAACAAAAGUGUCAAAACCUGAAGAACAGGCUAGUUUCUCCAAAGCUGAAUCUGUAAAACUAGAAUUUGACUUCACUGAUAACGCAUCUAGUAAAAGGCCACCUCCUAGAAAACUAGGCAAAAGACCUGGAAUUAAGCCUCCUUCCAAGAAAACUGCUACAGCUCUAGGGAAAACACUGGAGAACUCCGAGGCAAAAAGCAAGAGUAAAACAGAAAAUGAAAUUCCUGUUUCCAGUGCAUCUUAUAAAUUUGACUGGGAAAAAUUUGAUGAUCCAAACUUUAAUCCAUUUGGAGGAGGUUCCAAAGUUUCUAGCUCACCAAAAUGCCCUAAACCCAACACUGAAAAAGCUAAUCAGCAAGAGGAACAGGAUAGUACCUUACCAAAAAGGGAAUCUCUUCCGACAGAGCAGAUUAACAGAAUUGUUGUUGCAGAUGAGACUGCUGAAGAAAUAGUGCCUGAAACUCAUAGCUUUCCUGAAGAAAAACCAAGCGAAGAUGAAGACAAGUCUGUAGUUCAAGCAAAAAUUGAAGAGGAAUCUACAAGAGAACUAACUAUGGAGAAAAAAGCAAGCUCAAAUACCUCACCAGUUAAUGCCCACAGUCAAGAUAACUUGCCUUUAAUUGGCAGUGGAACAUCCCCUUUGGCUGAUCAAGAACAUGAAGCCAGUUGCAAGAAAACUGAAAUGGCAGUUGAUAUAAAUGAUCCAAGAGUAGUCACUGAGUCUGAAGAGUACUUUAGACCCUCAACUGAAGUUCUAGGAAUGGGCAUAGAAAUAGACUACCUGGAACAAUUUGGUUCAUCCUCAUUUAAAGAGUCUGCUUUGAGGAAGCAAUCAUUGUAUUUGAAGUUUGACCCUCUGUUGAGAGACAGCCCCAAAAAGCUGGUUCCUGGUACUACUGAAACAAUAAGCACAUGUGUAAUCAAUGCACCAUUUCAAAGUGGUCCUCUUUCUGACUUCAGUAGACUGCCUUUGGAAACUCCAAAGUCUGCAGUGAAGUCUCUUCAAAAUGAAGAAAAGCCUAAAGGACUGGAUCUUCUGGGAACUUUCCCAGCUCCAGAUGCAGUUCCUCUAAUUCCAGAUAUCUCAACCAGUAACGCUUCACCGCUCUCUCCUUUUUCUGUGCCAAUCAACACUGCAGUUGACGCUAUUAUAGAAGUGCUGAAAUAUAGCCAAAAAGAUAUGGAUGCAGCUGUUGAAACGGUUAAACUAGAGGUUCAAGAAAAGCAGAUGGAAGUUUUAGAAUGGAAAAAGAAAUAUGACAGGCUUUAUAUGGAAUACCUGGAAAUGGGAAAAAUUGUUGCAGAGUUUGAAGGUACAAUAACCCAAAUGAUGGAGGAUGCCCAAAAACAGAAGGAGCUUUCAAAAAAAGAAAACCAGAAAAUGCUGGAGGAGAAACAGCAAGUUCUGUCAGAUCUGAACUCCAUGGAGAAGUCUUUCUCUGAACUCUUCAAACGAUUUGAAAAACAGAAGGAGGUUUUAGAAGGCUAUCGCAAAAAUGAAGAGGCUUUGAAAAAAUGUGCUGAGGAUUAUCUUGCAAGGAUCAAGAAGGAAGAGCAGAGAUAUCAAGCACUGAAGGCACAUGCUGAAGAAAAACUGCAUCAAGCAAAUGAAGAGAUUGCCCAGGUACGGAGCAAAGCCAAGACAGAGUCUGUAGCACUGCAAGCUACUUUGCGAAAAGAACAAAUGAGGGUACAGUCUCUAGAAAGAAGCCUUGAACAAAAGGCAAAAGAAAAUGAUGAACUAACAAAAAUCUGUGACGACUUGAUAUUAAAGAUGGAAAAAAUCUAGUAUUUGGACUGUUGUACAUAUGUUCACUGAUUCAUUCUGUCCUCUUUUCUGUGUGUUCAAUGACUUUUUUUAAUUAUGUAUGUUGAAAGUAAUAACAAGUAAUAAAAAAAUAAUAGAUUUCACUGGCACUUGUUCCUUCCCAUAACGUUGGCUGUAUAUUGGCUAUGAAGGUGGAGUGUCUGCCUAAUUUAGAAACUCACUAGAAUGAGUAGGUUCACCAUGUCUAUGAAAAGUCAUUAAAUAAAUGAGCAAGUGUAAGUUUCACUCAAAUUUUGUAAACAAAAUAAAUUUGGACACUC